AUGCUGAUAGGAGAGUCAGUCUCACGUCAUCGUGCUACUCGUCUUGCCUGGAUUCCGCCGAAUGAACGUGUACCGCCUCCAGAUGUCGCUCCUCAAGUUGUACCUAAUGCCUCCCAAGGAGAUCACCCAGCGACUGCUCAAGAACAAGCAGCCGUGGCUGAUGAAAGUCCUUGUGCACCCACUACUCCUUUACCUACCCCUGUUCGCUCAGCUAAAUGCCAGUCCUACUCCAUGUCUUUUGUAACCGUUGCAUUCAGUCAAAGCUGUCGUCAAUCAAUGUGGUGGGCUUCGAGCCCUCCACUAUUUUGUCCCCAUCAACCGAUCAUGAACCUGAAUCGGAAGCCCCGUCAGUCCCACCACCCCCACCUGAUCUCUCGUAUACAGGGACCCACCAGCAAUGUCAGCCGAAUGACUUUGAUGCUUGCAGAUAGCUUCCCCAGCAGUCCUGCACCACCACCGAUUUCCAAAGAUGUAAUCGAAAAACUUGCAACAGACGCAGGUUCGCUACCCUACCGUUCUCAAGGAUUCUGUCUCAUUGGCGCGAAUUCUAUGAGAACUGAUCUCAUCAAUCGAAGUAAAACAGUUAGAAUCACUACACUUCUGGCAAUAGAAGAAUCAAUUGUCGUUUCGAUUCCGAAAAUACAUAUUGAUCAUUCGUUCAUUGACACAAAACAGGAAGCAGCAGUAUUU